UAAAGUCUUCCAUCGUUCUUGCAGCUACAUAACUUCCUUCCAAUACAAGAACACCCGUUCUAAAUUCUAACACCACAAUCCUCCUGGUGUUCAAAGCGCACGUGCUCAGUAAACCGCCCUAAGCGCCCAUUCGCCGGCCCGAUCUCCCUCACACUCGACCGACGACUGUGCAGCCGAAUCUGCGGCAGGCGGGGCACAGCCGCCCUCGCGCCCUCGACGAUGCCCAGCACGCCGUCCACCAUCUCGGGCGUCCAGCUCUCCCCCACGAACGCGAGCGAGUCGAGCGCGGACAGCGGGUCGGAGAUCGCCGCGAGCAGCAGGUCGCGCGGGUGGGUCGCCCCGCAGGGGAUGCAGAUGCGGAGCGACCGGAGCGAGGGCGCGAUGCGGAAGACGGAGGAGAGAACCACCGGCGACAGGUUGGGUGUGCGGUCGAGCACGACGCGCGUGAGGCUGUCGGCGCAGCCCGAGGUUUGAACGAACGCGGCAAGCGACGCGAUAUCGAUCGUCCCGGUGAUCAGGAGUUCCUGGAGAUUCGGCGCUACGAUAUAUUGCAGGAACUGACACUUCCGCGCGAUGUGCAGUCGGCGAAGUACGCCGAGGGUGACGAGCGAAACCCAGGGCACAAUCGACCAAGGCUGGCGCAGCGGCCAGGAUCUGGAUUUGCUCAUGAAGUGGAUACACCCCGCGGUAGCAUGUGACGCGCGACCAGUCAAUCAGCAGUCGGGGGCUCGGCUGGGAGCAGAGCACAUCGGUCACGAUCACCGUGUGCAGCCUCGGCGCGACGCGCAACGCCAGCGUCUCGCGAUACUCGACAUCCAGCUCCAGCACCUGCAGCGCAUGCAUCCGAUCCAUAACGGCAUGCAGAAACGCGCACGGAUCUCGACAAGUGGUUGUCAUCAGCAUCAUGCAGAGCCGCAGACGCCCCCAGCGGUGGCACGCGCCCAGGAACGCCUCCUGCCACGCGGCCGCGAUGUCCUCCAGCGGCUCCCACGCGGUGAGGUCGACCGAGAGCGCACGCGUCCCCGCCAGCCGGUACUGCAUCCGCAGGCGCUCCACCGGCGCGCUGCGCAUGGCCGGCAUCUCCGCGCAGUGCAGCACGCGGAUGUGCGUCCACAGCGCGGGCGUCGCGAACGCGCACGCGCGCCAGUAGCGGCACACGUGCGCGAGGUGCCACAGCGGGCGCUCCUCGGCGCACAGCCCGUGCGGGCGUGGGCCCGGCUCGACCUCGAGCAGGAUGUGCGCGAGGAGCUCGGGCGGCAGGCGGUGGGCGGCGGAGAGCGGCGAGUCCGGGGCGAGAUUUGGCAUGUGUGCUGGGCGUUCUCAUCCCGCCCGCAAGUGGACUUGGCCGAGUCUGAGAGCGGUUCGUUAAGUAUGUAUACUUUGCAGAGCAGAAGCGCUGCCCGUGCAUUCGCUGUGACAAAUCCUCCGGCCACUCGAAGUGGUGACUGUAGGUCGCAGGGGACCAGUUUCUCCCCGAAUUCAUUAUCCUCAAGAAGGCGAUGGUUGAGCCCAUCCUCUGAGCCAGAAAAGGAUAUUGCAAGCGGUGCAUUGGUAGACAGCGGCCCAGAACCGCCUUGAACAAUCCCACGCGUUCUGCUCCCUAUAUGCAGCAUCGCGGCAUCUCUGCAGCGAGCAGGGUCCUUCCCCCGUGCACCACGGGAUGGUCUCGUGACGGCAUUGAGCUUCGGGUGGCCGCUGCAGCGCUUCACCAGCAGUGCGAGCAGAUACUCACGUGCAGCCCAGGUAGAUCGAGCCGUUUGUACUGUAGUAACACGCGCAAGAACGAGAUGGGCUGGCCGCGUCUAGGUGUGCAUGGCGAGACCAAGCCACGCGAGGACGCGCUUGCAUCAGCGUGCGGAUGCUUCUGAGAUGGAAGUUAGAGGAGCCGCAGAGCCGCAGAGCCGUGAGCAGCUUAGCAAGCUGAGCUAUAUUUGCAUCCGCACGGGGAUCUUGACCGUCAUAGAAGGAUGGGGCCACCCUUCAGAGUCCGUCCGUCCACCUUCUCUCUAUCCGCCAUCUCGUGCGUGAGGGCUCACUCGUGGUUCCGGGUCGAGGGACAUCCUGCAUGUGCGUCACACAUUCAGCGUCCUAUGGGUCUUCC